AUGGGCUGCGGGAACGGCAAGGUUCCACCUGAGGGAUCCAAGAAGGGCUUUGUAAGUGUCGUGCAAUCGCUUGUGGCCUUUAGUAAAGCACAUGAUGACGAUGUUGAGCCGAAGAAGCGUACGGAGAAGCAGAGAGGUUCGUGGUUUUCCACCAGCGUUAAGAAUCUUCAACCAGCAUCAAACAGCCAACAGCAGAUUCUCAGAGAUGAUCGACAUCGGGACAAAGUGAUAAAGUACAAGGACAAGUUUGAUCCACGUGUGACGGCAAGAUACGACAUCAGGGCCCUGAUCGGGCGGGGGAGCUUCAGCCGCGUUGUGCGAGUGGAGCACAGGGCGUCUCGCCAGCCCUUCGCCAUUAAAAUGAUGGAGGUGGAGGCCCCGUUGGGACGCGAGGUGUGCGCCUCGGAGCUGGCGGUGCUGCAGCGGGUGAGUCACUCUCACGUGAUCCAGCUGAUCGAGGUGUUCCAGUUCCCGCGGCGGGUUUACAUGGUCCUGGAGCUGGCCACCGGCGGGGAGCUGUUGGACCGCGUGGUCAGCAGGGGCCACUUCACGGAGAGGGACGCCACCCAGGCCCUACGGAUGGUGCUGGCUGGGGUGGGGCACCUCCACAGCCUUGGUAUCACCCACAGAGACCUGAAGCCGGAGAACCUUCUGUACUACCACCCCGGGGCCGACUCCAGGCUGCUCGUGACCGACUUCGGACUGGCCACUUUUGGCGGCACAGGGUCGGAGAUCUCAGGUCCCGACGGAAGCAUCGGAGGAGAUUGUAACGGAGCGGACAGGACUUGGUCCCUCAGAACCACCUGUGGAACUCCUGAGUACAUUGCCCCUGAGGUGCUGCUGAGGAAACCCUAUUCCUGUGCAGUGGACAUAUGGGCCCUGGGGGUGAUCGCCUACGUGGUGCUGAGUGGAUCCAUGCCGUUUGAGGACGAAAGUCGCACGCGGCUCUAUAGAUCCAUUGUGAGAGGGAAAUACAGCUUCCAUGGAGAUCCUUGGCCCUCAGUGUCCAACCUGGCGAAGGAUUUCCUCCAGUGCCUGCUAGCGUUGGACCCGGCGGCGCGUCUGACUGCCGACCAAGCCAUCCGUCACCCCUGGGUGGUCACCAUGGCCGCGGGCUCCUCCAUGAGGAACCUCCACCGAUCCAUUUCCCAGAACCUCAGGCAGCGGACGUCGCGCAGCUCCUCCCGGUGCCCGAGCAGCAGCGCCGCGAGCUCCAGCGCCGGCCAACGGCGGGGACCCCGGGAGGGCCAGUGA